CCAGAUCCAGGUCCAGGUAAACGCUCGCGCUGGCCGCGGUCGGCCCAGACCCAAACCACACCGCGCACCAAAUCUCGCGUCGCUCUGCCGGCGAGCGGGCGGGGAGCACAAGAUAUCGCGAGAAGACGGAGUUUUCCCGCGAAGGAGAAUCGCGCGUUUUUCACUGACUUGGUCUUGGGCGAGAAGGCUGCGUCUGCCGCGGCCGUGAGGGCUUUGGCGUGCGGCUGUGCAGGCGCUGAGAGGAGGCGGGCCUGAGUCCCUGGGAGUCCAGCCAUGCCGGCAGAGCGGCCCGCGAGCAGCGGCGCUCCAGAAAUGGUUGAACAACCGGAGACUGCCGUGAUCACCCCAGCCAUGCUAGAAGAGGAAGAACAGCUUGAGGCAGCUGGGCUUGAGAGAGAGCGGAAGAUGCUGGAAAAGGCUCGCAUGUCUUGGGAUAGAGAGUCCACAGAAAUUCGGUACCGUAGACUUCAACAUUUGCUUGAAAAAAGCAAUAUCUACUCCAAAUUUUUAUUGACUAAAAUGGAACAGCAACAGUUAGAGGAACAGAAGAAGAAAGAGAGAUUGGAGAGAAAAAAGGAAUCUUUACAAGUUAAAAAGGGCAAGAAUUUAGUUGAUGCAAGUGAGGAGAAUCCAGCAGUAAGGAAGAAAAGAGGAAGAGAGGAUGAAUCAUACAAUAUUUCAGAGGUCAUGUCAAAAGAGGAAAUUUUAUCUGUGGCUAAAAAAAGUAAAAAGGAGAAUGAGGAUGAAAGUUCCUCUUCUACUAAUCUCUGUGUAGAAGAUCUUCAGAAAAACAAAGAUUCAAAUAGUAUAAUUAAAGAUAGAUUAUCUCAGACUGUUAGGCGGAAUACUAAAUUAUUUUUUGACCCAGUUCGGACAUGUAAUGGACAGCCAGUACCCUUUCAACAACCUAAGUACUUCACAGGAGGAGUGAUGCGGUGGUACCAAGUUGAAGGCAUGGAAUGGCUUAGGAUGCUUUGGGAAAAUGGAAUUAAUGGCAUUUUAGCCGAUGAAAUGGGAUUGGGAAAAACAGUUCAGUGCAUUGCUACAAUUGCAUUGAUGGUUCAGAGAGGAGUACCUGGACCUUUCCUUGUCUGUGGCCCACUGUCUACACUUCCUAACUGGAUGGCUGAGUUCAAAAGAUUUACACCAGAAAUUCCUACCAUGUUGUAUCACGGCAUAUUCAAAAACGGAAAGGGACCUUACAGAUUCAUCCUGUGGUAAUCACGUCAUUUGAAAUAGCUAUGAGAGACCGAAGUGCAUUACAGCAUUGCUAUUGGAAAUACUUAAUAGUAGAUGAAGGACACAGGAUUAAGAAUAUGAAGUGCCGUCUUAUCAGGGAGUUAAAACGAUUCAAUGCUGAUAACAAACUUCUUUUGACUGGUACUCCCUUGCAAAACAAUUUAUCAGAGCUUUGGUCAUUAUUAAACUUUUUGUUGCCAGAUGUAUUUGAUGAUUUGAAAAGCUUUGAGUCUUGGUUUGAUAUUACUAGUCUUUCUGAAACUGCUGAAGAUAUUAUUACCAAAGAAAGAGAACAGAACGUAUUGCAUAUGCUGCACCAGAUUCUAACACCUUUCUUAUUGAGAAGACUGAAAUCUGAUGUUGCUCUUGAAGUUCCUCCUAAACGAGAAGUAGUUGUUUAUGCACCACUUUCAAAGAAACAAGAAAUCUUUUACACAGCCAUUGUGAAUCGUACAAUUGCAAACAUGUUUGGAUCCAGUGAGAAAGAAAUAGUCGAAGUAAGUCCUACUGGACGAAUGAAACGGCGGACUAGGAAAUCAAUAAAUUAUAGCAAAAUAGAUGAUUUCCCUGAUGAAUUGGAAAAAUUGAUCAGUCAAAUACAGCCCGAUGUGGACAGAGGAAGAACUGUUGUGGAAAUGAAUACCCCUGUAGAAUCUGAAGUUAAUCUGAAGCUGCAGAAUAUAAUGAUGCUACUUCGUAAAUGCUGUAAUCAUCCAUAUUUGAUUGAGUACCCUAUAGAUCCUGUCACACAAGAAUUUAAGAUUGAUGAAGAAUUGGUAACAAAUUCUGGGAAAUUCUUAAUUUUGGAUCGAAUGCUACCAGAACUGAAAAAAAGAGGUCACAAGGUGCUGCUUUUUUCCCAAAUGACAAGUAUGUUGGAUGUCUUAAUGGAUUAUUGCCAUCUUAGAAAUUUCAACUUCAGCAGGCUUGAUGGAUCCAUGUCUUACUCAGAGAGAGAAGAAAAUAUGCACAACUUCAACACAGAUCCAGACGUGUUUAUCUUCUUAUUGAGUACACGAGCUGGCGGCCUUGGCAUUAAUUUGACUGCAGCAGACACGGUUAUCAUUUAUGAUAGUGAUUGGAACCCCCAGUCUGAUCUGCAAGCCCAGGAUAGAUGUCAUAGGAUUGGUCAGACAAAGCCAGUUGUUGUAUAUCGCCUUGUUACAGCAAAUACAGUUGAUCAGAAAAUUGUGGAAAGAGCAGCUGCUAAAAGAAAACUGGAAAAGUUGAUCAUCCACAAAAAUCAUUUCAAGGGUGGUCAGUCUGGAUUAAAUCAAUCUAAGAAUUUCUUAGAUCCUAAGGAAUUAAUGGAAUUAUUAAAAUCUAGAGAUUAUGAAAGGGAAGUUAAAGGAUCAAGAGAAAAGGUCAUUAGUGAUCGAGAUCUAGAGUUGUUGUUAGAUCGAAGUGAUCUCCUUGAUCAAAUGACUCUUUCAGGACCAAUUAAAGAGAAGACGGGGAUAUUCAAGAUUAUAGAAAAUUCUGAUGAUUCCAGUCCUGAGUGUUUGUUUUAAAUUGGAACUUUAAAAAAUUGCUUUUUAAAGUUCUUGUUUGUUUCUAGUGAUUUACCUAUAUUUGGUUUUAAAAUCCAGAUCAUCCACUUUACUGUUAUGACUAUAUCAGUUUACACAAUGUAACUACUAUUGUUACAUAGUUAAUAGACAAUAAUUUUCUGAGCCUUAUAAGAACAAAGAAGUAUUCAUAUUAAGUUUAGAUUUUCAGUUAAUUUUUGAGACUGGGUAAUACGAAUACAGGCUAAUAUGUAACCACUGCCAGAUUUAUACAGUCUUCCUGUGGAAGUUUAGUAAAUGUCCUUUUACCCCCUUUCUUUUAGCAGAACAGUUCAUGGGUUUUGGUACUUAAGUUAUGGAGUAGACAAUUGAUGGGGGAAAUUGGGAUUGUGCUUUCUGUUUUUUAAGUAAGAAAUUGUCUAUAAGAUGGUUUACCAAUAAAUGUUUGUUAUAAGGUGAUCUCAUCAAAAUUUUUUUUUUUUUCAGGAAAGUAAUAACUCAGGUGAAAUCAUAGUGAAAGAUUUGAUUGGCAUUGGGAUGUAUUAACAUUGUUGUUCUGACUUGGUUUAAUUCACUAGUCUUUCAUACAUGUUUCAGAUGAAGAUUUCAACUGGACAUUUGGUUAACACAGAGAAAGCUCUAAAAGAAACUGUAAGGUUGGGACCAACAGGUUGCGUAGUGGUUAUGUCAUUGGACUGCCACAUGACCAACUGCGGUUCGAGUCCCGGACCCAGUGGCUUGAAAAUCAGGCCAGGUGCA